GGAGGAGCCGUGGGAGGGCGAGCGUGGCGCCGGCACGCUGGCGGAGUGCGGGGUCUUCGGCGCCGAGAGCAGCACCGCGGGCGAGCAGGAGAGGGCCCCCUCGGACAGCGGGGGCGACUCCGACGACCGCCCGCUGCAGGCGCCGCGUGCGUCGCACUCGGGGGCCGCCGCGGCGGCCGCCGUCGGCGCGGCCGAGACGGACUGGGGUGAGCAGUGGGACUGCUACUGCCUCUACAAGGCCGAGGUCGAGCUGCGCGGCGGCGCGCCGCUGCUCUUCCGCCAGUGGCAGUCCGGGGCCUUCCGCCGGGACGACCUGACGCCGCCCGCCUCGCCCGCCGCCGAGGGCGCCCCGCCGCCCGGGUCGCCCGCGGAAAGCGCAGAGGCAUUGCGGCCCGAGGAGGAGCCCGCGGACGAGCCGCCAGAGGAGCGGUCCGCAGGCGAGGAGCCAUCGGGCGAUGGCGCCGCGGGCGCGAACGAGGAGCAGCGGCCGCCCGGCCCUGCCAGCCCGGAGUGGGACUUCGGCGUCGGGGACGGCGGCGAGGCGGCGCCGGGCGGCGCGCCUUCGCCGGCGACCGGGGCGGAAGGCGG